UUCCGCUUCCUCGACCUGCCGCUCGAGCUGCGCGAGCACAUCUACGCGCUGUACUUCCGGCCCGCGGACCGGCUGCGCACGUCGCCCGCGCUCGAGGACCAGGGGCUCUGUGGCGGCGUGUACAAGUUUGAUAUCCGGCUGCGCGCGACGUGCAGGCAGAUUGCAAGGGAGGUGCGCACGGUGUGGAGGAGGGAGGUUAGGACGGUGAAAGUUGCUACGCCGUGGCCCAGCGCUGUGAACCACGUCUCGUCCGAAGGCCUCGUGCCCAUCAUCUGCGCCGACCGACAGGCCGAUUGCUUCAACGACCACCACGCGCUCGUCCAGAUCACCGCGCCUUUCCACCAAGCUGUGCCCGAGCACACUGUGGUUCUGCUGCUCGAAGAUCUGCCUCUCUUCACGCAAACAUGGUACUACUCGUCCCUCAGCUACCCAAUGCUGAACGACCGGCUAGCGACGACAUUCACGCUGAGAGACCCGGACAUGGACGACGUCGACGAAGGCGACGAGAAAGACAUACCGCUUCCACUGCAGCGCAAGCUCCUCCUCCCGUUCGGCCAAGUCAAGGGCCUGUACAGCAUGGCCAUCGAAGGCUACAGCAAGACGGUCGAGCACGAACUCCGCGCCGCCAUGGCCGUCCCACCGCCGACCCUCCAGCAAAGCUGCGAAUCCGCUACAAAGCUGCUGCACGAAGGCGACGCCCAUCUCGCCCGCGGCGCAGACGGCGUGGACGACGCACUGGAAUCCUACAAAGCCGCCUUCCACGCCAUCCACAUCCUAAUCCAGGGCCGCACGCGCCGCGUCCUCGCAGACACCUUCUUCCACGCGCACAUCUCGAGCGGCAUCUACGCCGGCCAGACGGGCAUGCUGGUGCGCGUCAUCCUGCGCCUGAGGCUGGUCGCCCGCAUGCUCGCCGUGUUCCUAGCGCAGGGCGCCUGGGGCGACGCCGCGUUCUGGGGCAUGCGCAGCGCCCGCAUCAUGAGCGACACCAUGGACUCGGAGUUUGAGCACCUGCUCGCGGACCUCGUGGGCGGCGACGACGUCGGCAUGAUCUACGUGCGCGCCGGCAUCGCGCUGCACCGGAUGCACGCCGACGCCGAGACGUGGUGCGAGGAGCUGAAGGAGUACGAGGGCGAGGAUAUGGCUGACGUCGCUACGCUGCUUGGCUUCAGUCGGAAACACCUCAGGCGCGGCACGGAGCGGACCAAGAGCGAGCUAAACAAGUACGGCGUUCCUCGGCCGUUUGUCCUGCUGUUCGAUGAU